CUUAUCUAUGGAAAUAUAAUCUGGGGUAAUACCUACAAAAAAAGAAUCCAAAAACUUAUAAAUGUUCAAAAAAAAAUUGUGCGCCUUAUGACUUUCAACUCUUAUUUGGCACAUAGCGAACCAAUCUUUCAAGACUUAAAAAUUCUAGAUAUUUAUAAAAUUAAUGAUUAUUUAAUAAGUUUAUUUAUGUUUCGAGAUCACUAUACCAAAAAUCUACCAGAGGUAUUCAUGAUUACUUUGUGACCAAUGAUCAAAUCCACCAACACAAUCAUGGGCGUACCGGAAGGAAAAAUUUAGGGGGGCGGAAAGAAAUUUGCCCAACUUUUUCGGAUUUUGCCCGACUAAAAAAUUUUUUCCCCGAAUUUAUUUUGGCGACCUCCCUCCCCCCCUCCCCCCUCCCCCCGUCGCCAAAAAAAAUUCGGUCAGUGUACCAUUUUAGGGGUCAAAAUUUUUUCCGGACACAAAGGACAUACCAAAAUUUUCCGGAACCUAACAAAAUUUUUGGAAACAUCACAAAAUUGACCACAAAAUUUAUAGAAUUUGUCUCAUUUCUUUUUUUAAUACACCAAAAUUGCCCGACUGUUCAGCAAAUACGUCUGACUGCUACAACUGGCUACCGCCCCGCCCGGUACGCCCACGAACACAAUACAAGAAAUAAAACACAACUCCACAAGUCAUACAAAAGAACAAACUAUGUAAAACAUACUCUUUCAAAUAAAGGAGUCGAUGUUUGGAAUAGACUUGAAUGUCGUUUUAAAAAUGUCACUUCUCGUAAUACUUUCAAAAAUACUAUAAAAGAACACUUCCUUCAAAUAUCAAGUAAUUAAUCAAAUUAUAUGUACAAUGUAACACUUUAUGCUGUAAAUAGCUUUCACAUUUUCUCUCUUUCUUUUCUUUUAACUAUAAUACUUAUUGUAAUAUAUUUUAAAUUUGGUUGACUGUAUAGUCUGUAGUUAGAACUAGCAUCUAAAUUUUAUAUAUAUAGGGGUCUUAAAUAAAAGCCUGUUAAGGUUUCUGGUAAGCCCCUACCAUAACAUUAAUCUAUUUUUUUUUAAUGUAAAUAUUUGUAUGUUAUAAUAUAUGGGCAAUAUAAAGAAAAAAAAAUUAUCAAAACAUACCUUCGAAAUGAACGAGAUCUUCAGCGCCAAAAAACUCGAUAUUUUUAAUUUAAACAACUUUUCACCAAAAUCACAAUAAUUGUGAAUAAUAAUGAGAUGCAAUGCAUUGUGAGAAGACCCUCAUUCCUCCUCCGAGGGAUGGGGGGGCAUAUUGCAUAUCACAAGGUUGACAGUCAGCGAAAUGAAUAUUGCACGUGCAUGGUAUUCAUAUUUCAAGGGGUAGCACACAAUCGUUUAAUUUCUUUUCUCCAAAUAUUUCAAAUAUUUGAGGCAUUUUCACCUAAGUUACCUAACUUACCAUUUUUCCCUAGGAUGACUGCUUUCUAUUUAAGGAAUUGGAGUUGUUUUGUUGAGAAGGAAAAUUUCAUCGGGGGAGUAAAGGAAGGACGGGAAUUUUUUAUUUAGUUCUUCAGAUUGGGAAAUGGUUUUAAAUUUUAGGCUACUGGCUUUUGGUUGCUUGGAGGUUCCUCAUGCCCGACCUCCGUUCGGAGAUUGGCCACCUCUGCGAAAAUGCGAUAAAAUUGCUUCCCUACCAGGGAUCCAAAGAGUGGAGGGAAAAGGGACAACUUGACGGCCUGCAACCUGACAGGGACCGGGCUUUCCAUUUGAUAUGGUAAAUCUAAAAUCUUUUGGAACAAGAUUCUACUAACUUUUUCACUUUUGUAUAGGCCCUCCUUGCAAAGAUGGGACCUUGUUGAGGGAAUUUGGCGGCCUCCACAAAAUUCCUUAGCGAGGCUUGGUUUCCUCCUAAAAUCAAGAGUUACUCCAGAAAAUUAGGUUCCCUUCGUGGCUUUUCAUGGGCGAUAUCCGCCGUGAGGUGGUAGUGCCUGAAUUGUGAAUUGGAAGAAGAAUGAACUAUAAGUUCUACGUAAAAGUAGAACUAAGUUCGACAUACUGUUAUGUUCUACGUAGAACAUAAAAGGAUAUGGGUCUGAAACGUACGAGUACUACCGAUGGAACUCUUCAAUUGGAUGGUAACAAAUAAUCUAUGCGAUUGUUUAGAAGUUAUUGGCUCUGACAUCGGGAUACAAAGGUUACAAAAGGAAGCUCUCAUUGAACUGCUCAUAUUUUAAUUAAGAAAAACCAUGAACAUAAUUACAUAAGGUUACAGGAAGUAACCUGAUCUAAGGACAAAUUCAAACUCACAAUGGUGACCUCGUCGUAAUUGAUUUUUUAGUUUAUUAAUUAAUUCUUUAUGAAUUCACACAGUGAACUUAAACUUUCUAGGCAAAGAAUUUGUCUUUUAUACCACCUUGAAGGAGUUUCUAAUGAUCUGUCUCUUUAUAUAAUUAUAUCGUAACAGAAAGUAUUUGCAUCACGGAAACAUUCAGAACUGUUUCACACGGAGCUUGCAAUAAGGCAAUUACCAUAAAUCACGGUUUCCUCCAUCACAAGGCGAAAUAAAAGGAUUGCCAAAUUAUUAAAAACGUUGCUAGACUCGAAUAGUUAAUUAUCACACGAAAUGUUUAAGACGUUUCCUCAACAACGCCGUAAACACGAUUAUGUUGCUAUAAUACAUGAUCUAUUGUUGACAAGAUGGAUGACAGAUCUAACAAGAAAGGUACUUAUAUAACGCACACAUGCAGUCUAAACAAGUCAAACCGCGCAGUACUUGCAACAAGAACAAUAUCUGAAAGAACUCAGAUAUUCUUUAAAAUGUCUUCAAAAUGUGGAACUCGGGUUGAAGAAAAGUUUUCGUUUUUCAGCAAAUCACGUCGAAAAACAUCCCCGACACACACAAGCAAACGGCAACACAAGAAAAUUGAACGUUCCAAGUCAUUGCAGUCGUAUGAAGAAGUGAGAGAAGUCGAGAGAGAUUAUGAGUUUGACGAUUUAUCCGUAUGUCGUAUACUCCAUCGUAAUAACUCCCUGCCAAAUAUUCCUUCAAUUUGCGAAGCUGAAACAAAUCAAUCAAAUCCUUGGUCGAGAAAAUCGUGGUGUAAACGGUACAGUUUGAAACGUUCACAGAGCAUGGAGUGGGACCCAAUCAGUGCACUCUUCACAGCAGUAACUGAAGAUGAUUUGGUAGAACUUGAAAGAAUAUUGUUGGAAUUUGAAAUAAAACUGAACUUUUUGGGUCCAGCUGGGAUAUCCCUCCUACACACAGCCGCUUUAGUUGGCAGUACAAGAGCUCUGCAACUAUUGCUAAACUCUGGCGCAGAAAUUGACUUCCAGGACGCUAACAAUCGAACAAGUUUGGAAAUAGCUCUUCUUGCUGGAAACUUUGAUUGUGCUUCAUUAUUAAUAGAGAAUGGUGCUUGUAUGAGUAACAUUGUUGAUGGUAUAAAGGUCUAUUAGUUGAUCUGAUAAUUUUUUAUACACAGAAUGUCAUUUUAGUAUUUGUAAAUAAUAGUUUUAGAUAUUAAUUAUAAAUCUUCUAAAUGAAAUUGAAACUUGAGUGCCGAUAAUUUUCAAAUUCCAGAAUUGAUUGGUUAUAGCAAACGAUUUCACUAUAUUCGAACAGAACUAUAAUAAAAAUCUGAAAUACCAAGAUGAAUACGGACGCGCAUAAAAGCUAUAAAUACCCCAUCCAUGUAAAUCCAUGUAGACGAGUUUUAGAUCAUGCGCAAUGGUGGUUAUAAUUUUCAAAUUCUCAUCGCAGGUCAAAACGACUGCUUAAUUGGCCGAAAGUUUAACAGACCAAUAUAUGUAGCUACAUAUAGUAUAUUUGAGAAUUAACCACUAUACUGUAUAUUAUAUGCGCAGGACCAUGAAACUCGUCUAUUCCGGCAUUUCUUCCUGAUGAUCAAGCAUUGAUUGAAACGUUGAAAUGUUUUUUUUUUCAAUUUGCGUAGUUUGGCACGAAACAUGUCAAGCUUCGAAAAUAUUCGUGUUAGGUCGUGGGAAUAUAAGACCUGGCAUGUUUUCCGUGAUCGUGGAAUUAAUCUUCUUUAUUCUUUAAUAGUAUUUUGAAAUUUAAUUAGGGUAUUUAUAUUUACUUUAUUGAUUCUUAAUCCUUGUAUUUUUUGUGUCUAUAUUGAAGAGCAAGAACUAUAUAGUAUUGGUGAUCAUUAAUUAGCCUAGUAUGUAUUUAUUAUUAAAUUAAUUAAAAGAGCAAAAUAUGUGAAGCUGCACAAAAGACAAACUAUAUAUGUACUAUUAUCCAUGCAGACAUAUAGUAUCUUUAUCAUGCUCUAUUUAUAAUGUAUUAAAUAUGUAUAUAAUAUAUAGCGGUCCGAUACACAUGAUAAAUGUUAUGAAAGUGAUUUAAACCUGGAAGAUUUGUUUUCUUUUAAUUUUUUCAUCAAAUUUACAGUAUACAUGAACGAUUUAGACAAACAAGACGACAUCAUAAUUCCACGGAAAUCUGAACGUCAACUAUAGUAUAUCAAUGACAUGCAUGACCGCGCAAUUAAUGCGUAAACUGCGUACUUUUUCGUUCUCCACAGUUUUCCUAAUGUAUUGAAUUACGCAUUUCCCCCGCGCCCUUGUGUAAAAUACAGAAAAAUACCACCAAUCAUUUUUUCUUUUCACGGCAGAAAAUAAAAUAACGUGCAUGUGCAUGGGGGACGUAUAUAUAUAUAUAUAUAUAUAUAUAUAUAUAUACGCUCAACUUUUACAAAUUCAGGUUUCACCUAACCAGAAGCAGUUGC